GAUGAUUUCCAUUCUUCUUAACGCUCUCGUGCUGCUGUCGGCAUUGGGCCGAACUGGGGCAAGAUACCCAACAACAUCAUCGCCCUAUACAACCCCUUCAGUUCCCACCACAGACCUGCGUGGUCGAAUGUUUACAGUGUCGAACUACGGGGGAUUUAUCAUGUACACAGACGCGGUCUCUCCCUACUCCUCUCCCUCCCCCACUGCCUACCCCACUUCUUCUCCCUCCUCUCCAUACACCUCAUAUCCCUACACCACCCCCUCUCCCUCUCUCUCUGCUCUGACUGUGUGUCUGCGUUACAUGACCGAGGAGGGAAAAGACUUGACUCUCUUCAGCCUCACUCAGGGGAACUACUGGAACCUGUUACUGGAAAGGAACAGUGGGAUGGACCGCCUCUCCACCCAUUCCACCUCUCAGUACUUCCGCUCCUAUAGGCUGUUAUCGAAGUACAUCACAGACAUAGAGCACCGCCCCUGGACCAAUCUGUGUGUUACUUGGGAAGCAGAGACGGGUGUGGCCCAGGUGUGGAGGGGCGGGACUGUCAGCGUUAGGAAGAGAGUGCUUGGACAGGUGAACAGUGCACCUCUUGUCUUGCACAUGUAUCAGUUUGAGGGCCAGGUAACUGACGUGGAAGUGUGGGACAGAGUCCUCUCCUCGAGCGUGAUACUGGACUACAUGUCUGGGUGGUAUUACAACCCAAGGUUCUACCACUACACCCCUGGUAACCUGCUGACCUGGUCCAAGGCCAUCUACUCCACCACUGGAGACGUCCUCCUGGAGGGAAACGCCUACAACUCUGACCAUCAGCCUAUCAGGGGCCAGCACCAACCCCCAGGACCAAUGAGAGGGAAGAGAAAGAGGAAGUUUUUGAAGGGAGGGCGCAGAGAGAUUUCCACAAAAUCUUAACUUAGACUAGAAGAUGCCUAUAGAAAGUCUACACUCCCUUUAACUUUUCACAUUUAGUUGUGUCAGUGCAUGCAUUUAAAUUAGGAUUUUUCCACUUAUCUACACACCAUACUCUACACUUUUAAGAGGAUUUAUUUUAUUGUGAAAAAAAAGUAUAUAUUAAAAAUACGAAAAACUGAAAUAUCAUAAUUGGAUAAGUCUUCACCCCCCUGAGUUAAUACUUGGUUGAAGCACCUUUGGCAGCAAUUACAGCUGUGAGUCUGUUGGGAUAGGCUUCUACCAACUUUGCAAAUCUACAUUUGGCAUUAUUUGACCAUUCUUCUUCACAAAACUGUUCAAGCUCUGUCAAGUUCCUUAGGGACCAUUGAUGGGCAGCAAUCUUCAAGUCAUGCCACAAAUUUUCAAUUGGAUUUAGGUAGGGGCUCUGACUGGGCCACUCAAGGACAUUUACCUUUUUAUUCCUUAGCCACUCCACUGUAGCUUUGUCUGUGCUUCGGGUUGAUGUCAUGCUGAAAGGUGAACUUCCGUUACAUUUUCAGCUUUUCUGUACAUUGCUCCAUUAAUUUUCCCAUCUAUCCCGAUAAGGGCCGAUGAGAAACAUUCCCAUAACAUGAUGCUGCCACCACCAUGCUUCACAUUAGGGAUGGUGUUCUUUGGGUGAUGUGCCAUGUUGGGUUUGUGCCCAAUGUAACGCUUUAAAUUUAGGCCAAAAAGCUCCACUUUAGUUUCAUCAGACCACAAAACUUUUUUUCACAUGGUUACAGAAUCUCCCUAGUAUUUUUGUUGCAUAUUUCAAAUGGGAUUCAAGGGGCGUUUUCUUGAGUAAUGGCUUCCUUCUUGCCACCGUUCCAUACAUGCCAGAUUUGUGGAGUACUAUUGUUGUCACAUGCACACUUUAACCAGUCUUGGCCAUAAAAGCCUGAAGCUCUUUCAAAGUUGCCAUUGGACUCUUGGUAGCCUCUCUGAUCAGUCUCCUACUUGCUCUGUCAUCCAGUUUGGAGGGACCAGCCUGAUCUAGACACAGUCUUGGUGGUGCCAUACACCUUCCACCUCUUAAUAAUUGUCUUGACUGUUGCCCAAGGGAUGAUCAAGGCCUUUGAAAUAUUUUUAUAUCCAGCCGCUGAUUUGUGCCUUUCCACAACUUUGUCCUGGAGUUCUUUUUAAAGCUUUGGUGCUCAUGGUUAAAUGUCUGCUUUGCAAUUCACUACCCAGCAGAGCGAACCAACAGGAACUGCUGAAAUUAUCCUGAAAUCAUGUGAAUCCCUACCAUUUAACACAGAUGGAGGCCAUUUAACUUGGUGUGUGAUUUUGAAGGUAAUUUGGUACACCUGAGCUAAUUUAGGAUUGCUACUACAAGGGGUGUGGACACUUAUCCAACCAAGCUAUUUCCGUUUUAAUUUUUUAUUGAUUAAAACAAAUCCACAGUAUUUUUAUCCCUUUGUAGUUGUGGGGUAGGAUGUGUAGAUCAAUAAUAAGGAUCUACACAUAAUAAGGCGACAAAAAUAACAUUUUGAAAGGGAAUGUAGACUUUCUAUAUGUCCUAGCGAUGCUCCUUGGAUGAUAGUUGUGUAUCGCUAAAUUACUACAUUCUGAUUCCAAUAGAUUAACCAUGUCUGUUCUGAUGGUCUCCAAAUGAAGUCCUUCACUGGCUGAUGAUGUAAAAUAUGUUUUAAGGUAUUAAAUGAUUAAUACAUGAUUUAAAUGGUUGUUAAGCACUUAAAUUAAAAGCAAUUGAUGAUAAACAUUUUUGGAGAUUUUUGUAGGAGUAGGGUCUGGGAAGCCGUCGCUUUGGCAAGUUUAAUACUGAAAUGUUGCCAUGUCACAAAACAGCCU